UUUUUUUUUAUUUCUCUUUGCAUUUAUAUAAAAGUUAUACAUAUCCUUUUUUUUUUCUUUUAUUUAAAAAAAAAUCAACUUUUCCUAUGUCAAAUAAUAUCGAGCUCACAAUAGACGAGCAUAUAAAAAAAGUAAUCGAAGUGCAUUGGAAGUUUGUUAUAAAUAUGGCACAGGCAAAUAUAGAUGAUAUUGAGCAGUUUAAUGUACAUGAUCCAAAUGCAACAAUGACUUCAAGAGCAGACCAAAGAGCAAGUUCUGCCAGUGAAAAUACAAAUCAGCAAUCUAGAGCGGCAAGGAGUAUUGCAAGAAGAGAUAGUGCAUAUCGAAGAGAAAGUCAUAUAGUAAGAGGUCUUGAUGUCUUGUUCUCGAUGGUAUAUAAAUCAUCUGGUUAUCUUUCAUACCUUUCUUGUAUGUUAACUGAUUUAGAUCAUGAUAACCCUAUUGCUAUGGCAUUUUUAAACCAUCUUCUUGAACGAGCAGCACUACCUUCUCAACGAGCAAUUAGCUAUAUCUCACCUCUUAUCAUGUUGAAGUUAGCAAAGAAGCCUUCUAGAAUUCAGCGUAUGAUUUCACUUAUAUCGGGUAAAUACAAACUUGAGCGUUCGCUUAGUAAACGGUUAGCACUUCGCAAACAAAUAUUUAGCAUUGCUCUAAAGCCAUCAUUAAGUUUUAUGGUCUCAGUUCAAAAUGAAGAACAGACAAAGUUAAGAUUGAAUGCAGCCAUCCUUUGGUGUUAUUUAGCCAAUAAAUUUGCUGGUGAGAUGGCUAAACUUAUUUGGAAUCAAGAUGUGAAUGAUUUAUUAUUUAGUAUUAUAUCGGAUAUCCAAGAAGACCUUAUGGUUCGCAUCUUUUCCCUAUUAGCCAUAGAAAAAUUUGCAUUGACACGCUCUAUUAAAAAUUUUAUUACAAAUCAUAAUCUUCAAAUUCGAGACAUAUUGAUAGCGAUUAUCAAAGAAUGUGAACUUGCAAAUGAGCGCAUCUAUUUCAUAUCAAUAAAUAAUAUGAAUCAAAGUCAGAAAAAUAGAUUUAAACUGAUCACUGAUACUUUGUACGUUGAAACCGCCUCAUUUAAUCAAGUGAAUAAGUUUUCUACUCAAAAUAUAUUUGAUACAGCCUUUAUUCCUCCCAAGGGUCCUUUACGUGAUGAAUGGGGAAAAUAUGCCCAACUCAACUUUUGCUCAAGAUGGGCUCUAGAUCAUAGAUUUCCAAAUAAAAAGAAACAAAUUUCAUUUCCUUGGGAUUUAUCUAAUCUACGGAUUAUCAUGAAUCCUUUUGAUGCAACAUCCAAGCUGAAAAUAGGAAGCAACGGUCUUGAACUCCGUAAUGAUAGGCCUUAUUUUGAAUCUGUUCGAGCAACUGCAUGUGUUAGGAAGGGUAAAUGGUACUAUGAAGUUUUACUUCUUAAUAGUGGUAUAGUACAGAUAGGAUGGGCUACAAGCAAAUGUAAAUUUGCUCCAGAUGAGGGUGCUGGCGUUGGAGAUGACAAUAAUAGUUUCGCAUUUGAUACGUUUCGGUCUUGUGUAUGGUCUAAUGGCUCAUCUGUUUAUCCUCAAGGUAAAGUGAGAAUACGCUGUAGGAUAGGUGAUGUAGUGGGUAGUUAUCUUGAUCUCGAUAAUGGUCUUUGCAGAUAUUUUGUCAAUGGUCGUGAUUUAAAACUUACUGUAGAAUUUGAAAACACGUAUCGAAAGAUAGAUCGUCGAAAGAGUGUAUGUCUUCCUGAACGCCCAACUCUAGAUGACUUCCUUUCAUCCAAAUUAAUAUCCUCUACACAUUCAACCCCUAUUCGCUGUAAGACCCUUUUGAACAUCAGAAGGGAGUUGCUCAAAAGGAAAAGUGUUACGAAGGGAUUAGGCCUCUAUCCUGCCAUCACUUUGACAGCACAUCAACACGUUUUAGUAAACUUUGGUGAAAGUCCAUGGAUGUUUCCUCCACCUGUUGCAUGCCAAUUUCAAGCUAUUUAUAAGAGUGGUUACCUUGAUGCUGAUUUCAAGCGACUUGUUAUGCACUGGGUUAAAAAAUGUGGAGUCAUCACUCAAAACAAAGUAUCUUCAUCAUUUGACAAGCAGCCUUAUCGUCCUCUCUAUGGCGCUGGUCCAGUUCCCGACAGUCCAUUACCUAUCAUAUACAGUAGUGGCAGUAGUGAUGAAUCAAGUGAUGAUGAUUCUAAAGGGAUUGGCGAAAGCUCUAAUUGUAAUAUUUGUUUUACAGAGCCUAAGGAUACACUACUUUUACCAUGUAAGCAUGAUGGUAUAUGCAAUCAAUGUGCACAGAUGCUGAUUACUUGUCAUUUAUGUCGUGCAAAGAUCAUUACAAGAAUUACUCAAAAUAACUCAUAAUUUUUUUUUUUUAUAUACAUGUAAAGAAUUUGAUGUUUCAUUAAUUUGUAAAGUAGACAGUUUAAUAAAGUUAAUGCCAACUUCAUAACAAUGUUAACCAUAUAUUAGUUCAUAUUUAUUGCAGUAGCAUUUUUCUUUCCUCACUUUAAAAGUUAUUGAUAUAGUUUGAAACUUUGCUUUCUUUUAUAUACGUAUAAUCUUGUACUUAAUGGGGCAAGCAGUAUCUAGUUUUGGUAAUAUGAUAAGGUUAAACAGUUUUGACAUGGACUGUUUAUUUUAAA